CUCACCACCAUACGCCACAUUCCCCGCUUCUCCUCGCAGCCAGCAGGCAAACAUACAGGAGCGAGCCAAGUGCUUAAAUGCGGUCUCCAUGAUCGUCUAAAUAAAAAUACGUGCUUUUUCCUACCAAUCUUUACGCGGAGUAUCAAUCUGAACGCGGAGCAGCAUCAAAACCCCGAUCCUGCCCAGUUGAUGCUCAUUUCCUCACCAUGGCAACAGAAGAUAAGAAACCAGAGACUGACACGAAACCUCCCGUUGUCCAAUCGUCAUCUUCCAGUCAAAGCAAGUCUGCACCUGGCAAGCCAAACUACAGCCUGAAGUUCACACUAGCGGGCCACACCAAAGCGGUCUCCUCCGUCAAGUUCAGUCCGAGCGGAGAGUGGCUCGCCAGCUCAUCGGCUGACAAACUCAUCAAAAUCUGGGGCGCGUAUGACGGCAAGUUUGAGAAAACCAUUUCCGGACACAAACUUGGUAUCUCUGACGUGGCAUGGUCCUCUGACUCCAACCUCCUGGUGUCGGCAUCGGACGACAAAACCUUGAAGAUCUGGGAUGUCAGCUCGGGGAAAUGCUUAAAAACUCUUAAAGGUCACAGUAACUACGUCUUCUGCUGCAACUUCAACCCCCAAUCCAACCUUAUCGUGUCAGGAUCGUUUGAUGAGAGCGUAAGGAUAUGGGACGUGAAGACCGGGAAGUGUUUGAAAACAUUGCCGGCACAUUCUGACCCUGUCUCAGCUGUUCAUUUCAACAGAGACGGCUCUCUGAUCGUGUCCAGCAGCUACGAUGGUCUUUGCCGAAUCUGGGACACAGCAUCGGGCCAGUGCUUAAAGACACUCAUAGAUGACGAUAACCCUCCGGUGUCCUUUGUGAAGUUUUCCCCAAAUGGAAAAUACAUCCUGGCAGCUACACUGGACAACACGCUGAAGCUGUGGGAUUACAGCAAAGGAAAGUGCUUGAAAACGUACAGCGGCCACAAAAACGAGAAGUACUGCAUAUUCGCAAAUUUCUCAGUCACCGGGGGAAAGUGGAUCGUGUCCGGCUCCGAGGACAACAUGGUGUACAUCUGGAACCUGCAGACAAAGGAGAUUGUGCAGAAGCUCCAGGGCCACACAGACGUCGUCAUAUCGACCGCCUGCCACCCGACAGAGAACAUCAUCGCGUCCGCGGCUUUAGAAAACGACAAAACCAUCAAGCUAUGGAGAAGCGACUGCUAAGCUCUUUUUGGGGUCGAUCAUAUUCCUUUUUUUUUUUUUUUUAUUUUGUUGUAAGAAAGGACUUUUUUCUAAAGGAGAGCUCCUGCGUGAUGCAGAGGGAUUCCACGUAAGGAAAUUCAGCAAGGAGAGCCAAAUGAGACACAGCAUCAUCGGGAAAAAAAACACCCCACAUCUUCUGCAGCGGACGCGUUGCCCUCUGAGAUAUUCCCAUGUCAGCGUGCCAGGUUUUUGUUGCCUCCACAGGGACUUUUUUUUCAAGACUUUUGUUAUACAAUGUUGAUGCUCUGUUCUGGUGCUUCAGUAUUAUUGACACUGCAUUGACCCCUGAUGUCCCGGGCUUCAUACCCACCACCCAUAUCUGCUCAUGUACAAUAAAUGUAGUGCUUAUUUGGCCUUUCUUCUGUUUA